AUGCUGGAGGGGUACAUUACUCCAAUUCUGCGCUCGUACAUUGACAAGUAUGUCAAAAACCUGCAGGCGUCCGAUCUCAAGCUCUCCGUGUGGAUGGGCGAUUUCGUCCUCCGCAAUCUCGAGCUGCGUCUCGAUGUCCUCGAGCGCGAGGCGCACAUGCCGGUGCGCUUUCUGAGCGGUCGCGUCGCCGAGCUGCGCGUGCACGUCCCGUGGACCAGGCUGACCUCGGAGCCAGUCGUCCUCACCUUCAACACGGUCGAGCUCGUCAUUACAUCUGCAACGUCCGUGCAACACGACGCCGCCGAUGCUGCUGCUGCUGCUACUGCGGCUGCUUCGACUGCUGCCGCCACCGAUCGCCCUUCGGCCACGUCCUCAAUUGCAUUCAACCCAGACACCGCCGCCUGGGCCUCCAACCCAUCGAGCGAGGCUGGUAGUGCACUGGGCAUGCCCAGUACGGGCCCUGAUGCUGGCGCACGCGAUGCUGCCGCGGACUCGUCGGAAACCAAUCCAAACCCCAGCGCUUCGACUACUACUGCGAGUGCUGCGACAACAACGGGCUAUCUCGGAGCGCUGAUAGCCAAGAUUCAAGAAAACAUUUCAUUAUGCAUUAACAACCUAAUCAUCAAGUAUGUCGAGGGCGACAUUGUCUUGACGCUCACGUCGAAAGGCGUGCAAAUGCGAACCUGCUCGGCAAAUUGGUUGCCAGCCUUCGUAGAUCGGGUGGCGGGAGAGCUGCGAUUGUUGAGCAAUGCUUCCGCCACCACGAGUCAAGCACCGGCAUCAGCCAAUGGUGCAACUACAGAUGGGAGUGCGCGAUUCUCAGCCACAUCGAUGGCGCAAGUCGCGCCAAGCCCUACCAAAUUUUCGUCGCUGGCUUCCGCAACAUCAGCCACUCCAACAAGCAGCGGUGCCAGUCCAGCCGUGCCUGGCGUUCCCACUGGCGCCACCCUUGUCCUGCCAGCCUCUGCGCUCGAACUGCAUCGGCUGUUGGAGCUGACGGAUGUGACCUUCUGCCUCGACCACCGCAACUCCUCGGGCUCCAUUGACGUGUUCCAAGAGCCUCUGCUGUAUCGCUCGACCAUUGCCGCACGAAUCAAAACAGACUACGAUGCCACCAACCCAAGUGUCAGCGUGGCCACGGCAAUCAACCUGUUUAGUCAGUCCAUGCGCUGGUCCCUGACCGAAAAGCAAAUUCCCAUGCUCUACUGGCUCUACAACCGUUUCUGGGAUGUCUAUUACGACUUUUAUCGCAACACUCCGCUGGUGCCUGAAUGGGAUGGUUCUGCAGGCGACAGCGACAAUGCAACAGUCGCAGCCAACCACGACAACAACAACGACGACGCUGACCCUUCUUCUGGUCCUGGCCAUGGGUCGGCUGCUGCCCGGAAACACGCCGCCCAUCAGGCAUUUGAGCGGCAACAGAAUCACCUUGAAGAAGAACGACGACGGCAGGCAAGCGCAUUAGCUCUGCAACAGCAGCAGCAAGAUCAACAAGCAGGGUGGUUGGGCUGGGCAUCGUCUUGGUUUACUGCUCCCCUCGGCACUCCUUCCGAUCCACGCGUAGCACAACCGUUUGACAAGACAUUUCAAAUCCCCCGGAAAACCGGCAGCUCGGCCUUGACUUUUGGUAUCUACGUUCCGUCAUUGACCCUGGCGUUGACUGCAAUGAUCACGUCACCCCCUCCGAGCACGCCUCUUGACACGGCGGCUGCAUCGACUGAGGUACCAGCAUCACCUGGCGUCGACCUUGCUGGCUCUUCGUUUGCUGGCCGCCCUAUUGCUCCACCUUCCAAACCCGUUCCACUCCGGACUGCGCAUUCGCGUGUUUUGGCGGUCCCCAUCAUGCUUUUCACGAUGAGUGGCUGCGGCCUGGAAAUUACCAACAAACCGGGUCUGCUCUCGGUCUGCAUGGGAGCUCAAUACAUUGUAGGCAGCUGCAGCUCCUCCGCUUCUCCGUGCCCUGCGCCCAUCACGAGCUCUGGCACGGCUGUCGCGCCAGACGCCGGGAUUUCAGCGUCGACUGGUGCUUUGAGCGGCAUAGCCACCCCUGCCUCGACAGCUUCGACAUCAGCGCUCUCCUCCUUGCAGCAGUUUUCCUUGGAUGGCCCUCUGUCGCAACGACCCGCCAUCCAACUGGGCCCUCCUUCUGGCCGGCGGCGGCCGAGCGAUGCGGGACAGACGGGCACCAGCUCACUCUCUGCACCAGGCGCCUCUUCCACGUCACUUCCCUCGUUGGGUGGCGGUGACGCGCAAACCGACCUCGACCAGCCGUUCUUUGAGUUGGGCGUGGCACCUUCCGCAGUUGGGGCCGCCCCGCCCCACGCCUUCCUUGAAGGCUCGUUUUUCGCGCCGCCGGAAGCGACGGUCGGCUCUGAUCCAUCUCUUCCAGCCCGCUUUUCCGCCUUUUCUGUGCUGUAUGCUGGCGGCCAGCGUGGCGCUGUCGAGCGCUUGUCUCAUCUGUUGCGCAACGAGGAUCGCAACGUUACGCACACUGGCGUUUCGCAGCGCACUCUGAAAACGAAAAUCCGGCUGGCUUUCGGUCCCCUCACCAUCUUGUUUACAAACCAGCUCACCUCCAAAUUGUCGGCUUUUGCAUCUGUGAGCAAAGAGCUCGCUCUCGCCCAGAGCUCCCCAGUCCCAGUCCCCGUAUCCCCAAAGCAUACCCUGCCAUUGCACGAGCUCGCCUCCGUCAUCAAGCGGGCUCCAAAGCGGCAUUUUCACGUGUCCUUUUCGUCACUGCUCGUCUUGCUACCCGCAUCUCGCCAUGUGACAGUGCCGCGCGAACUCAACCGACGCGUGGCGACGACCGCCUUCAAGUUGACCUCUGCAUUUGACAAGCGAGGUCUGGGCCCAGUCGCCGUCCCUGCAAACGUCGCCCCUUGUCUUGCACUGCGCUUUGCGAAAUUCGAAUGGCACCUGUCUUCUCUGGCCAACAUUUCGAGGCUGUCUCGCGUCGUGAAUCAAGCGUACCCCUCCAAUGACGGCGCUGCCUUCCGACGAGUACAUUCUGCAGCGGCGCUCACGCUGGUGCAGCACUUCUACUCUGACACCCUCUUUCGCUUUCAAGAUAUGGAUGCACACCUUGUCUACCUGGAAACCCAAGAGCUGUUGGCUGAAACCUCCGCUGCCGGCAGCAAUCGAGUCUAUUCUCUCCGCCCCCCAACCGAGAUGGCGCGCCUCGUCUCUCCGACGACGGUCAACAUGCACGUCCAUUCUUCUCUUCUGUUACCAGAGUGGCACGAGAUUCUGUCCCAGAGCGAGCGCCAUGUUACCAUGAGCUCGCUCACGAUGGGAAUGACGAUGCCGCAGUGUGUGCUGCUCACGCGCACAUUGCAGUCCUGGUCAGAAGGAACACCGUCAACGGAGCCAACCAUCCGCGCGCCUCAGCUACCGAUGGCAGUCAUUCUUGCCGAUGCGCUUUCGUUGGAGCCUCGGCCAACCGCUGCGUCGUUCAAGCGCCUGCUGGUUCAGGUGACUGGGGUGCAAUUCGAAAAGUGUGUCACUCGCGAUGUCGUUGCGACCAUUGCUACGUUGGACAGCGUGCGUGUAACGCUCGAUCAUCCGCAAGCCACCUCGACGUCGCCGGCUCCCGCAGCCAACCCACUAUUGGUACAGCAGGCUGCCACCUUGGACCCGGGCUUCCAAACCGUCGUCCUCGUCCACGCCCCUGCAAGCACCAUCGAGUCGCGCCAGUCCGUGCUGGACGCCUCGGGCGCGGCACCUGCUGAGCAACAACGACAACCGCUGGAUGCGUCCGCCCUCGCCAAGCCAUACCUCCGUGUCGUUCUGCAGCGCAAAGCGCCGCCAAGCGCGAGUGGGUCGGUUGUUGCUAUGGGCACAAAGCUCAGCACGCCUGUCGCCCGGCCCAUCCUCGUGGUUGAAGUUCGAGGAACGAGUGCGUGCUUUGACCCGCAGCUGCACGCGUGGAGCGCCUACGAAGCCGCGCGCAUGAUAGAACUUGAGCGCUCAAACCCGGCCCUUCUGACAGACUCACUACACAACACGCGCAUGGUACCGCCAGCCAUGGUGGAGUACAAGCCGGAAAGCACCACCGCGCCUGUCGCCGAGCAGCAACCCCCCGCGACCGAUUUGAAGUCAUUCUCCCAGCGGACCCGCACCAUGAUUACAGACACGCUUGCCCCCUCGAUCAGCCACAUUGACAUACAUCCGGUGAUGUUGUAUAUGCCCGUUGAGACGAUUGGGCGCGCACAGUCCGCGUCACCCAACGCUCCACCCGUGUCGGCAGAGCUGGUUGGGUCGCCGUGCGAACAUGUCGCUCGCUUGCUAAGCCGGCAAGCGCUUUCUCCGACUGUUGUGUUUGUUUCGCCCCGUGUGAACGCCUCUACGUCCACACUCGAUGGAAAAGCCGUGCCGAACUGGGUGUUGGACCCCGCCUUGGCAAUUCCUGUCGUCAAGACCGCCGAUCCCAUGGCAUUCGUGUCGGAUUCGCAGGCAUCCGAGCAGACUCGUACCUUCCGCGUGACUGCAGAUGGCGUGGCCGUUGUCGCACUCCACGACCGAGCAAGCACCCUUGUGCUACGGCCCGUGCAGCUGGUUGUGGAAUGUGGCUAUGAUGUCACUGCGAUGCCAAACAAGGUUUCUGUCGCGAUUGACACGAGUCGCGAUGCCGCGUCGUUUGGCCACUUGCUUCCCAGUCUGUCGCCAACCGCUUUGCUGUCCAUGCGAGUGUCUCACGUCCACUUGCAGCUCUCGGCCCUCCCAGCCGUCCUUCUCGCAACUGGUCUUCGACGGGGCCAGGACAUUGCCAUGGCGCUGCGAAAUCCCUCGUCAAUACUGCCAGGGGCGGUGCAUGUGCCUCCGGCGACGGCUUCCACUUUUGUUGAACCGCCAUCCCCACGAGGCGCCAAUCCUCCCAUUUCGAGCGUCGCAGCCAACCGGUCGAACACAGCCACAGCAAUCCCUUCGAGAAGCGAUGGAUCUGUGCAUCACCUCACCAUUUGCGCCUCCGUCGAGGCCCUGGAGCUGACCGUUGUGCCGGAUCACGUUGCCGAGGUCGCACCUCCGGCUUCUCCACGCCUUGCUCCACAUGUCCAGAUUGUGAGCACCACGCUGCGAAUCGCCGGUCUCUCCAUGGCUGCCAUCCACGACCACAGCGUGCUUGAAGCGAGCUGCGUGGCUGCCUGUGUGGAAUCAAUCAGCGCCAGUAGUUCUCUCUCGCGCGGGUUGUCCGCCACGUCGUCCCCCUUGCGUGACAUUAUCCAUCAUGUGCGCAUCGACAAGGCGGAUGAGCACGUGUCGAAAAAUGCCGGGGCGCCGGGUUCCUCCAGGCUCUCCAGUUUGGCCGCCGAGUGCGACUUGCACUGCGCCCACACGGCUGCGAUCAAACUCGAUCAGCUCGUGCUGGCACGCCACAAUCUCAGUGCAGGUCUAGACCGUGUUUCCAACGCCACCCAUCAACACCCGUCCUCUGCUCGAUCUGCAAUCGACUCGAGUCGAGCAUGGGGCGUGUUUGGCUGGAAGCACAAACGCAUUGCCUUGGUUGGCGGCAGCGUUGGCGCCGUCACGUUGACGCUUCAUGGCGGCGUGCUGAAAGCAUGCACUCUUUCGCUUACUCCAUCGCCACGUCUGCGCGCAUUGGGCCAGAUGGCCACCGACCAUGCAUUCACGACUCUGCGCGCCGUGCGAUCCGCCUCAUUGAUUGAGGAUCCACUUGCACCUCUCAUGUCACCGCUAUCUCAGUGGACUCGCUCCAGCGGCAUCAAUGGCAACACCGACAGCCCUAGUCCCACUACGAUGGCCAUGCCGCUCGCUUCGACCUCCACCCCGACAUUCCCGCUACCCGGGUUUGCCCAGCUGAGCAAACCACUCAUUCAUGUUUACUUGCACCCACUGCAAGUCGUGCUUCCCACCUUGGAUCCCGGAACUCAGCUGGAACUGCCCGUGCACUCGCGGCUGGCGUUUGGCUUUGGUUCGAUUCUGUUGCAAAGCGUCCAUGCUGUGCAACCGACGGACGACACUGCCCAGCUUCAUCUGAACGGCUUGUAUGCUGUGUGUGCGGGCAGUCAGAUGCUUGCUCCGUGCGACGUGGUCGUGGCCUCCUCCACCCAUGCCGCGGAAGAGCUUGUCGAGCUGCGCUUCCCUCCAACAGUCGAUUUCUUGUUGACGGAACGCUUGUUGGCAGAGUUUGUGUUGGUGGUCAAGUCGCAAACCGCCGCCGCCGAAAGCAUCUCGAUGAGCCAACCACCACCACUACUACCACUACCGCCACCAGAUCGACAGCUCGGAUCGGCUGCACCCAUCAUGGGCGCUUCCACCACGCCCAUUCUUUCCUCGCCGAUCACGCGAUCAAGCUCAGUCGUUGAUGGGCUCCCCUCCCUGCCAGGCCCGGCCUCGCUUCCAUCCAUUCCAGCAUCCAAAACGCUUCGGUUGCGUGCCAGCGCGCCCCGAAUUCGUGUUCGUUUGCUGUUCUCGGCUACCGGCGGCAGGACACCACCUGCCGACGACUCGCGUGAAAUCCUUGGCGAACUGAUCCAGCUUGUCUCCGAGGCACGCCAGAUCAAAGGCGCUGUCGGAUGGCGUGACGCGACUGCCAGACUGGACGAUGUGCAUCUCGCCAUUUUAACGCCCGUUAGUACGACCAAGGCUGGCUUGUCCACCGUCCGUGAAAAUGUGCUGUCAUCGUCGACUGCCGAGGAUCGGGAAGACGCUCCAGUUCUCUCGGUGGGUGCUUCGCGCGUUGCAUCUACGUGGUCGAAUCUGAGCCAUUACGCGUUGUGGAGUGUACAAGGCCAUAUCCAUCGCCACCUGCUGCUCAGCCUGACUCCUAUGAGCGUUGCGUGCAUUCUGAACGCGAUGCUAGGCAUUCAGCGGAACAUGGAGGAAAUCACAGAGUCCACAGGCGCCUCGUUUUACGGCUUGCCGAGCUAUGCAGCUCCCUCCUCUGCUGUCGUUGCUGGCUCGCUACUGGUGCAUGUGCAUCUGUCCGCUGAGCGUCUGCAAGUGGUCCUCGGGGGUGUGGCGCAGGGGGAUGAAUUGGAGCAGAGUCUGGUGAUGCAGAUCAAGCGCAUUGAUGGCAGCUACGCCGCCAACACCAACCACCCGCAGCCUCCACCCUCCGUCAAGUCUUCCAUUCCGGCUGUUGGUGGGUCGGGAACGCUGGUUGCGUCGCAAGUGAGCGUUACACUGGCCACUCCAGCCGCCAAACCACCACGUCGCGGGCUGGCACCACUGGCGGAAAUCUUGCGAAAUCUUGCUCCCAUCGUCGAGCCGUUUGAUUUCGGAAUUGCAGUCGACGUCGUGCAUCUGCUGCAUCCGGAAUGUGCUGCUUCCGUUGUACUUUCGUGCGGCAUCCCAACGCCAGUCACCGUCCGAGUUGGCCAAGUCUCCGGCCUCUUACUGUAUCGAUUCUUGACGGCAGUGCAGGCUCGUGUUGUGAGCGCUGCAUCCACGGCACCCGCCGUACCAGAAACGACCACUUCUCAGCCCGAUCCAAGCGCUCUCUCGCCAAAUCUCACAAAGCUGAUCCGUGCAGCGUGCGAGGCGCAUGAGCACGAAUCUUCGCUGCGCUUCCGCCGGCUUACAACACCUUGGCCUGCCUUCAAAGCGAUCGACCCAACGGUGGACGACAUACGACGGGAAGGUUUCGAGUAUCAAACAGAGAUUCUUCCUGCUGCCACGCUGCCCCAACCCGGCCAAGUCUGCUUUUCGCGAGAGUCUGAUUCCGUCGGUCUCCAUCCCACAAUGCUAACGUGGAACUACGGCCACCGGCGCAGCGUCUCGCAAGUCAAAGUGCUGCCGGUCGCGUUCUUUCCCGCGUCGCCCAACCUGGACACCUCGGAGCUGUGCGUGGUGCAGCAUCCAGACACUAACAGCAGCCCGUUUAUUGUUUGCGAGCUUUCGUGGUUUGAUGAGAUUCGCCAAGCUUUCGUGCCCCUCCAGCGACUUGCGCUGUCCGAGCAAGAAACGGCGAUGAGCCCAUUACAAGGCGCGCCAGCGGCGCGGCUGUGGCGAUUGCGACUGCUCGUCGAAGGCAUGACUGAAACCGAUCGCGUCACCAUCCUCACCCAGCGAGACCGCCAGCCGAUUGCUGCAGAUCGAUCGCGAGCGCCAGCCCUCUCGUCACUCGCCCUUGCUGGCGCCGUCAGCAUCUCGUCGUGCAGAGUUCCGCUUGCGACGCCGAAUCUCGAAGCUGUCCUCCGUCUGCCCGAGCUGAAGAUUCUUCUUGUCAACCAUCCAGCUUCCACUUUCAACAUGCCGCAAGUUCCCCAGCCAGAAGGGGAGCAAGAGUCCAUCAGCAGUAGCUCGCACAGCCAUGCCGAGCAUCGCUCAGACUUGCCUUUCGCGUACAUGACGCUGGAUGCGCUAUCCCUUCCCGUACAGCGAGGCUCGCUUCCGAUCGAGCAGGAGGUGGUCGAGUUUUCGCUUCCAACUGGAUUCUGCGCCCGUGGACAAUGGUUUGCCGGCGCAGCGCGCGAUCCCCGGGGUCUCAAGAUCGACGCCACGGUGUCCACCAGUGUGGCGUUGGAAGUUUUAGACCCUUCUGAUCUCUGCUGGACGACCGUCAUCCCGACAACCAGCGUGCACGUUGGUCUUCGACAGAGCGCAAGUCCCUUCCCAGCCUGGCCUGCCAGUCCCAUCAACGCGACUGCCAGCGUGCCUCACCUGGCCAUCGCCCUCUCUCCGGCCAUUGCGUUUGGUCUGGUCUCUGUCAUUGAUCUUUGGUCUAGUGGCGUGACGCGCGUGUCGUCAUCGCAGGACACUGUGCUUCGCGACCCAAACUUGACACCUGCUGCUGCACUCGCGCUCGCCUUGUCAAGUCAGGUGCCAGUGAUGCACUAUCGCUACGUUAUUGUCAACGAAACUCAAGUGCCGCUGCGUUUCGGCCAGCUGAACACGGACGAAGACCUGAUCUUGGACUCGGGUCACGCCAUGUUCUACAGCUGGCGUCAAACGACAGUGUCGCUCGCCCAACAGCUUCAAAUACAGCGGAGCAACGCGUCGUCCGACUCACCCGCUGCGUUGAAGCCCCGCCGUCUGCUGCACGUUUGCACGGCGGGCCCGCUCGGCGCGGACUGGCGAUGGUCUGACCCGUUUUCGAUUGAUACAGCCCACCCGACAGAACUACCCCUUACGCUGUACAUUGGUGGAGCGCGCUGCCGCGCUGCAGUCUUUUUGAAUGUUCUUGCCGGUGGGCGAGUCGAGGUGACAAUUCGGGGGCACGCAUCCAUGAUCAACCGAGCGUCCAUUCCGUUGGACUAUGUGGUGUGGUCGGAACGGUCUGUAGAAGCUGUGGUUGUUGGCAGCACUCGCCGAACUGAUCCAUUGAACGCGGCCGCCAUUGUCGCUGUUGACAGUGAAAAGCAAGCACAGCUUCCUUUAUUCCCGUUUGCCAUGCCGGCGGACGUCAUCCAAGCGCGGCCAGAUUCUGACGAGCUGGUCAAGAGCGAGUGCUACGGACAAGGUCGAGUCUCUCCCAACUCUACGCUUUCAUUUGUGAUUCCCGAGUCGGCCGAUAUGCAAAUGCUGCGCGCUUCUGUUCACGGAGUCGAUGUCACGGCGCGAACUUUGACUGAGGCGUUGUGGUCAGUCCCAGUGGAACUUGCCGGCGCGCUGACUUUGCAUCCCCGGCCCAUUGUGCGCAUCCUGCCAGCACUGGCCGUUCCGUGUGUCCGGGUCCCGCGCUGGCUGGACACCACCAGCCACAGCGGCACUCAUGGAGGUGCGACGGCAGAGCCGCUCUCCACGAUGGUAAGCUGUCACAUCACCCAGCGACCGCUCCACGACAGCGCCAAGCCUGUGCCAACAGUGUCAUUGGCUGCCACUGCGACAGAAAGCGCUGCGUCUGCUGGUGCGCCUGCUGCCUUUGCGCCACUGAUUCGCCUCAUCACCUCCGACACCCUCCUUGUGCGCAACGAGCUGCCACACGCGAUUUCGCUCAUUGUGGUGCCUGCUCCAAGUGCCAAAUCGGAUCAGGUGGUGGUCCCGCGCGUCAAGCGACUCGCCCCUGGUGCUUUGACGGCACUGUCGCACUUUGACCCGGAAGCGCCUCGCGAUUCUGUGCUUGUGGCCCAUGCCGAUUGCCCGGCGAGUCAGUGGAUGACACAGCUUCAUACCGCAACUCCGAUCGUUGACGUGCUUGGCGACGCGCUGCAAGCCGUCUCUGAGGCGGCCAGCGGCGCCACGUUAGACGCUACGGCCAUGGCAGCAGUGCCGUCGACGCUGAUUGAUGUGGCUGGCGGCGUUGUCUCAAGCGGCUGCUCUCUGCAUGCUCCCGUGGUGCGUUCGCACCAAACUCGCACCAUCUGUGUGCGCCCGUCCUUGUUGGUUGCGAAUGGGUCAAGCUCGCUUGAACUGGCGCUCGAGAGUACUGGUACUAAAACUCAAACCACUCUACCGACGGUCGUACUUUUCAAUCGAGCUGAAGUGGUGGCACCUCAGUUGGUUCUGGCCGCAGUGAGCUCCCUUCAAGCUCGCAAUCUUCUCACGAACGAGGUCUUUGCUUGCAAACUCGAGCGCUCGCUCAAGGAAUCGUUCGAAAAUGGCCAGAGACCAGCACCUGACUUUGCACCGCCUGGCUUUGUCGUCGCACCUUCGCCAAUUUCCGUGCGGCUAACUCUUGAUGCUUUGCCCACACUCGAGACGGCGCCUCAAACUGCAACCACCGCUCCAGGAGGGGCCGUGGUCGAGCUGGUCGCCACUGUAACUUUGACCACCGUGGCACUGUCGGAUGCGUUUGUCGUGUACAAUGGCACUCCCUUCCCGUUGUGUGCCCAGACGGUGGCGAUCGCGGCAGACGCGUACCAUUGCGAUGGCCCCGUUUGGAAUGGUCCUCGUCAUGUCAACCAAAGCUCAUCCUUCACUGUCGGUCCGGUUCAGCUGCUUCCCUCUAUUGGCACUGUGCAGCUCUACUACAAGGAGACGAGCUCAUCGGCGGGCGUCGGCCUCAAUCCUCUCGUGGCGGCCGCGGGCCCCUCGAUCCGUCGCUUCCUGCAGGUCACUGUGGACAAGGCAGAUCUCCUCCAUCCUGAGCGAUGUGCUUGGAUUGCGCUCGACGAAGCGUACUCUGGUGCCGAGCUGCCUGUUUGUCUGAGCGUGCAUGCUGAGGGAAUCUCGCUGCCAUUGCUCGUGGGCAUCGACACUUCACAGGGAUCGUGUGUCAAGUCGGUCAACAUCACUUGCAACUAUGGACCGCGUUAUUUGCUCCGAAACGCGCUCCCGUACGACGUUGAAGUGUGUGAGCGCGGGCGUGAGCGCAACCUUGUUCGGAUCACGUCUGGCAGAAGCGUCUUUUUCACGCCUAUCGCACCACCGCUCGAGCUUGACGACCAAAGCGCCACGCAUGCGCGGCGACAGUCCUCGGGGGCCAGCAGCGCCUCGUUUGCUUCCGUCGACUCUGCACCAGUCAGCACGGCUCCGGCCACCGCUUUGCUGCUUCGCGUAUCGCAGCUCGGCAGCACUUCUGCAGAUUCCAAAUGGAUGUCGCUUGGUGCGUGCAGCCGAAUGGGAGUCAAUCGUCUUGAAGCCGAUGGCGCGUCAGACGACCACUCGAUCGAAAUCCAAACCAUCCUCAAUGGAAGUGUUCGCCAUGUCUUCUUUAAGCUGCCGCAAGCCGAAGGUCUUUUGUCGAGCGCAAAUAGCGCCGUUUCCGCGGGUUUGUCACCCCCUGCAUUCGCAACGCAGCAAUCGCUGUCGCUGAGCCUUGACAGGAUUUCUGUUGUUCUCUUUGCCACCUUUGGCAAGGCGCAGUCGUCAGGCGACGUGCCUUCGGCUCACUCCGAACCGCAAGCCGAUGGAGCGUCCACACCAAGCGCCACCUCAGCCCCUGCGAAUGCUGGUAGUCGCUCUGCCUCUUCGUCGCCAGUGUCUGUUGAAGUGCUGCGCCUCACCAUCCGAGGAGUUGCUCUGACACGAUACUCAACCCCGGACCGGAAUGCCCACCACCACUCCUUCCCGCUCUUCUUUGAUGCACGCAGCUUGAUUGUCUCGGGCGACCAAGACCACCUCACGCCCAUUCAGAGACUCUGCUCGCCCGGUCAAGUGUCCAGCCUUCAGCUGGUGGUCGGAGACAUUCAGCUCGACAACCAGCUGAUCGAUCGCCCUUAUUCGUUCCCCGUGCUGCUGCACCGCUUGCGAGAUCGUCAGUGGUGCUCGUCGCCGGAGCAGGAGCACAUGCCCAUGCUCAUGGUCAGUAUUUCCCGCGUGUCCUCGGUCUCGGGAUAUGCCGGCCAUCGAUCAAGCAAGCGAUCCAGCGGAGUCGCCCAGUUGGUUGAUGGCAGCGCGUUGCUUCACCACGUGUCCAAUCUAGCGCUUUCCGGGGUGUCCGCUUUCUCUGUGCAGCUGCAACCUUUCGCUGUUAGCGGUGAAGACAUCAUGCUGUACUGCCUGGGUGCGGUUGGUGGACAAUUUUCCAUUCGUGCCAACGGUGGAGUCAGCGCCUGUCCUCCCAUGCUUCCACCAAUGCCUGCUCGCCCAACCAGCAUGCUUCCCGCCAUUCUCGCGGCGCCCUUCUUGUCGUUCGAACAGCAGCUGACCAAGGCGCCGGCCACGUUUACCGAAACCAUCCACAUUGCCCCGGUCUGCAUCGUUGUCACCGUCCAUGCGUCCAUCAAGGUGUUUAUUUCCAUCGACCGCAUGCCGCUGUACCUGUCUCCGAUCGUCUUGCGCCAUGUUCACGCUCAAACCAGCCGCGUCUUCUCCAGCGUCGUGGCGUCCAAGUACAAGUCCAACCUCCUGUACAGCGCGCCUUCGCUUGUAGGCUCGCUCGAGCUACUCGGAAAUGUGACGGGCCUCAUUCGUAGCAUUCGCGCUGGUGUGAGUGACCUGGUCUCGCUUCCUCUUGCCGGAUUGCGAGGCCACCGUGCCGGCCCCAACCGCUUCUUGGCUGGCCUGGGCGAGGGCUCGCUCUCGUUUGUGCGACAUGUCGCGGCCGGCUCGCUCUCAUCGAUUGCCAGCUUUAGCUCGAGCGUUGCCCGUAACAUUACUCGCCUCCAUGUGGACGAUGCCGUCUCGAGCGCCGUAACGUCGGCCAUUACGACAAUUCCGCGCAAGCGGUUUUACACGGACGACGAUCGCGCCUCGUUCGUUCCAUUCGCCCAGGGGUCUGACGGCGAAUCCACUUCUGCUGCAAGCCGCAGUCUCGCGAUGCUGAAGGCACAGCUCAUUCGGCAUGAUCUCGAUCUUGAGGCCCUCCAGACCCAGGCCAACCAGGGAUCAGUCGUCCAGGCGGCUGCGACUGCCUCGCUCGAUGAUUACGGCGCAUUCAUGUCGCGUGUGACGGGUGGCGCCGGACUCCGUCCGUCUGGUGCUGCGGAUGGGCUUAGCAAGGGCUUGCAAGCGUUUGGCUACGCCAUGAUUGGUGGUAUUGCUGGCAUUGUCGAAAAGCCACGCCAGUCCUUCAACUCCAAUUCGUCCGUGGUUCUAGGUCUUGGCCGAGGCCUGCUUGGAGCCAUCGCCUCUCCAUUGACAGGUGCCAUGGCUCUCAUCAACUAUACGUCGCGCGGCCUUUUGGAAACGGUUUCGACGGACAAGUCUGUUGGCCCGUUGCAGCCGCCCUUGGCCGUUUUGGCUGCUGCUGGACCCAAUCCCGGCCUGAUUGAUGACUGGAUUGCAACGCUAAAGGACUUGCCACGCCGUCCGAGCCUGGACAAGUACCGCAUGACCCUGCUGCACUCGCCGACGGCCGCGUUGAAGACCCACUCUGCCCUGUCCAUGGUUGUGUUGGAAGUUGUUUCGACGGGCGGACUCCGAGAGGUGCUGUCCGUUGGCGGGGAAUUGUCCAGCAGUGGCUACUCACCUCUGCUCCUACUUCUCUCCAAGGAUCAUUUCACUGUUGUGGAUUUGCUGCACGACACGGUUCGGCAUCAGCAGCCUCUUACCAACGUCGUCUCCGCCGUUUUUGACACACCAUCUUCCACCCUUGUUCUGGAAACCGUCGUGGCUGCUCGCGCGAGCGCCUCGCCCACCAGGCGUCGGCUAGUCUUCAAGAUCGAACGCACCAUGGCAACGGAUCAUUUUGUCCGCAAACUGAUUCGCCAUUCGAGCGAGUAG